GGGUAGGAUUCCUGGUUGGAGAUUUCUCCUUUGCAAAGUUUUUCCCUGUGAGCUUAGAUCUUCAGCGAUGGGUAUGUGCAAAUGGAGGUAGCUGUUUCUAUGAUGAAGGCAACCAAAGAUCUCACUGUGUUUGUGCUCAUGGGUGGACAGGACAAACAUGCCUGGAGAACAUUAAUGACUGUGAAAUAAAUCAGUGCCAACAUGGAGCCACAUGUGAAGAUGAAGUGAAUAAAUACAGGUGCAUAUGUCCCCUUGGUUACACUGGCACUUUCUGUGAAAUUGAUAUAGACAACUGCAUUGGAAACCAGUGCUCUGAGUAUGGUUUCUGCCAGGACCACUUGCAUAAUUACAGCUGUAUCUGCAUGCUUGGAUAUGGAGGACCCUUCUGUGAAGUUGAAAUUAAUGAAUGUUCAAGUUCACCUUGCAAAAAUGGGGGUAUCUGUAUGAAUCUAAUUGGCAGCUUUUCCUGCCAUUGUGCUGAAGGAUUCAAAGGAGAAACAUGUACUGCUCAUGUGAACGAGUGUCUAGACAGACCCUGUUGGAAUGGAGGAACAUGUGAAGAGGACAUAAAUGGCUUCAAAUGCAAUUGCCCUCUUGGAUUUGAAGGUCUUAACUGUGAAAUCAACUUUGAUGAGUGCACUUAUGGCUUCUGCAAAAACAAUUCAACUUGUUUGGACCUGAUUGCAGACUACAGUUGUGUUUGUCCUCCAGGAUUCACUGACAAAAACUGCUCCACAGAUAUUGAUGAAUGCGCCUUCAAGCCCUGCCAAAAUGGGGGCCAUUGCCACAAUUUGAUUGGUGAAUUUUACUGCAGCUGUUUGCCAGGUUUUACUGGUCAGUUUUGUGAAGCGGAUGUUGCUGCCUGCCUCUCACAACCAUGUGGGGCCUCUAGCAUCUGCAAAGACAUGUCUGAUGGCUAUGUUUGUUUCUGUGCACCUGGUUUUAUAGGUAAUAACUGUGAGAUUGAGGUGGAUGAGUGUCUUAGUGACCCUUGUCACAGUGGAGCGACUUGCAUUGAUCAUCUGAACGGCUUCAGUUGCAUCUGUCAGGGUGGAUUUCAAGGCACAACUUGUGAAACAAAUAUAAAUGAAUGUCACUCUUCUCCAUGCCUUCAUAAUGCAACGUGUGCAGACUUUGUUGGUGGCUAUGAAUGUAUCUGUCUACCUGGCUUUACUGGUACAAGAUGUGAAACAGAUAUAGAUGAGUGUGCUUCAUCUCCCUGUAAGAAUGGAGCCACCUGCAUUGACCAACCGGGUAAUUACUUCUGCCAAUGUAUGGCUCCAUUUAAAGGUUUGAACUGUGAGUUUAGGCCUUGUGAGGCCAGUAAUCCCUGUGAGAAUGGAGCUGUGUGCACAGAAGAAAUGAAUUUGGAUGCUUUUCCCCUUGGAUUCCAGUGCCAGUGUGUGAAGGGUUUUGCAGGUCCACGCUGUGAGAUCAAUGUCAAUGAGUGCAGUUCUAACCCUUGCCUCCAUGGAUACUGUUAUGACAUUGUCAACGGCUUCUAUUGCUUGUGCAACCCAGGAUAUGCAGGACUAACAUGUGAGCAGGACAUUGAUGACUGCAUAAACAAUGCUUGUGAGCACAAUUCUACUUGUGUUGACCUGCAUUUGAGAUACCAGUGUGUUUGUCUGCCUGGAUGGGAAGGAACAUUUUGUGAAUAUGAGUCAAAUGAAUGUGACUCAGAGCCUUGUAGAAAUAAUGGCACCUGCACAGAUCUUUUCAACAGCUAUCGAUGCUUGUGUACAGCAGGGUGGACAGGUCCAGACUGCAGUGAAGACAUAAAUGAAUGUGAUUCUGAACCAUGCUUGAACGGAGCUACCUGUUAUGAAUCUGUUAAGCAGGGACAGUUUGUAUGCAUUUGUCCUCCAUUUUAUACUGGUGACUUUUGCCAUCAGCGCUUUAGUCCCUGUGAACUGCCUUACAAUCCAUGCAUAAACAACUCAACUUGCCUGGCACAAGCUGAUGGAAAUCCCAUGUGCAUUUGCAAAACAGGAUAUGAAGGUACUUACUGUGAAGUUAACAGUGACGAGUGCAUCUCCCAUCCAUGCCAGAAUGAAGGUCUCUGUGUGGAUGGGAUAAACAGUUACAGGUGCUUCUGUCAGCAUGGCUUCACUGGGACACUAUGUGAGGUGGAGAUUAAUGAAUGCUUAUCAAGACCCUGCAAAAACAAUGGGACUUGUCUGGACCUCAUAAACAGAUUCAUCUGUAACUGUGCACCUGGAUACUAUGGGUCUUUAUGUGAGAUAGACAUAAAUGAGUGUGAAACUCUGCCGUGCUUGAAUGGAGGAAGCUGCAUCAACAGGCUUGGAGGAUAUCAGUGUUUCUGUUCUCCUGGGUUCACAGGUGAUAGGUGUGAAACAAAUACAGAUGAAUGUAUAUCUACUCCUUGCCUAAACAAUGGAAGUUGCAUUGAUGACAUCAAUUCCUACAAGUGUCACUGCAGAAGUGGUUUCAUUGGAACAAACUGUGAGACAAAUGUUAAUGAAUGCUGGCCAGAGCCUUGUCUUCAUGGAAGAUGUAUAGAUCUCAUUGAUGGAUAUCAGUGCUCUUGUGAAGCAGGAUGGACCAGCUCAAGAUGUGAGAUAAAUAUUAAUGAAUGUGAAUCCGUUCCCUGCAUUAAUGGAGGUUCUUGUCAAGAUUUGGUUAAUGAAUUUGCUUGUAUCUGCCUGACUGGAUACACUGGCAAGUUCUGUGAAUUUGAUAUUGACAUUUGCAAUGAACCUACAGUCAGCUCAGUUCUCUGUCACAAUGGCGGUGUAUGUGUUGAUGGGCCUGGAAGAACUUUUCAUUGCAGGUGUCUUGCUGGAUUUUCUGGACAGUUUUGUGAAAUAGAAGUUAAUGAGUGUAAUUCAUCACCUUGUCUACAUGGUUCAACCUGUGAAGAUCAUGUCAAUGGGUACACUUGUCAGUGUCAAAAAGGAUGGGAAGGCUUGCAUUGUGAGUUAGAUGUUGAUGAGUGCAUAUCCAACCCCUGCAUACAUGGCAUCUGUGUUCAGAGUGACCCUAGUUUUGGUUAUUCCUGUUUUUGCAAGCCGGGAUUUGUGGGACGAAGCUGUGAGCUUAAUUACAAUGAUUGCCUUAUACAAUCCUGCUCCAGUGGGUUUCUCUGCGUUGAUGGAAUAAACAAUAUCACCUGUUUACCUACUAUCUCCCAAAGUAAGAAAACUGAAAUGGCUGAAUUGUUUCCUACUGAAAGUUUAGAUAAUGACCUUCCAUCAGCGCUAGCAGUAUCUAUGGAACUUUGGUCUAAACACGCUAUCCCUGAUUUUCAUACAGAAGAGGUGGCCCAAGAUUUUAGUUAUGCUCGUUAUUAUGGUGAUUCUUACCUGGAAUUUCAAGGCUUGCAUUUAAAUGUGCAAAACUUCAUCCACUUGGAAUUUAAGACCUAUAAACCUGAUGGACUACUCCUAUAUAUUGAAGAGAGCUCGGAAACAAUAGGGCAGUUUUUAAUUCAGCUUUUUAUCAGACAUGGCAUCUUACAGUACCAGUUUGUAUGUGGUAAAGCAACACAAGUCAAAAACAUCACAACUACUGCUAGAGUGGAUGAUGGACAGUGGUAUAAAGUGCAGAUUAGGCAAAACAUGAAACCAUGUGAAGCAGAAAUGUUGAUCCUGGAGGUAUCUGCAAAGACAGGUAUACCUAGCAAUUUCUCAUCCAGUCCAUAUGGGCUUGAAACAGGAUCCAUAUUUGUUGGUGGCUUGCCUUAUUCUUCUGCAAUAAAACAGAUACCGGAACCUGUCUACAAUUUCACUGGCUGUAUACAAGUAAUAGAAAUCAAUAAUGUGGGACCUUUCAACUUCUCUAAUGCUGUGGGAAGAAGGAAUAUUGACAGUUGCAGAACUCCAGUACCUACACAUCUGCCAACACCAUUCCCUACAGUUUCUUCUGAUGUGCUGGCCCUGCCUGAGCUAGUCACGCCCUCUCUGAGUUCCCCUGAGUUGCCAUCUGUAUGCCAGGAGGGAUUGUGCCACAAUGGAGGCACUUGUCAUCCAAUCUCCCUGCCUACUGGGGCCAUCUCAUUUGAGUGUGACUGCCAAUUACACUUCACUGGACGGUUCUGCGAAAAAGACGUAACUCUGUUUAUUCCAUCCUUCAAUGGGAAUUCUUAUUUGGAACUUCCUUCUCUAACAUCUGUAUCUCAGAUGAGGACUGCAUCUGGGCAGGAAACAAGCAAUCUGACAACUCUGUACUUGACAGUGAAAACAACUGCUCCAAGUGGCACUAUUCUUUACACUAGUGAAAAGAAUUUUGGAGAACAGUUUCUUCACUUAUAUCUUGUGGAGGGAAGACCAACAGUUCGAUUCAGUUGUGGAAACUCUCAGAACAUUCUGACUGUAUCUGGCAAUCAAACCAUUAGCAAGGGAAUAUUCAUCCCUAUCAUAAUAAGCUAUAUGUUGCCUGUUAGCAGUCUUGAAGGUUACUGCAUGAUUGAAAUGGCUGCAGACAGAAAUCCUCCCGUACAACACAGACUCCAUCUCUCAUAUCAGGCAUCUCAGAUCACCUUUGGAUCAACCUUUCUUGGGAAUGUUCCUGUUCACAAAGAGGUUCCUGAAUGUGCUGGGCAGAUACGUGGCUAUAAAGGAUGCAUUAGGGAUUUUCAAGUAAACAACAAAGAAUUGUUCAUCAUAGAUGAUGCUCUUGGAGGGAGGAAUGUUGAGAACUGUAAUGUUCCAAUAUGUGAUUACCAUCCCUGUCGCAAUGGUGGAACCUGCACUAGUGAUGCUGAAAAUUGGUUUUGUGAAUGCCCUAAACUCUACUCUGGAAGACUGUGCCAGUUUAUGACUUGUGAUGAAAGUCCAUGUGGAAAUGGUGCUACAUGCUUUCCAAAGUCCAGACAAGAUGUUGUUUGCCUUUGUCCAUAUGGAAGAUCUGGCAUCCUCUGCAAUGAUGUUGUUAAUAUUAGCCAGCCUAGUUUUGGUGGCACAGAUGUCUUUGGAUAUACUUCAUUCCUAGCUUAUUCUACAAUCCCAGAUAUCACCUUCUACUAUGAAUUCCACUUAAAAUUUCAGUUGUUAAACCACCACUCAGCUUUACAGGACAACUUGAUAUUUUUCACUGGACAGAAGGGCCAAGGUCUGAAUGGAGAUGAUUUUUUGGUAUUAGGCCUAUGUGAUGGCAGAGUGGUAUAUAGCUACAAUCUAGGUUCUGGCACAGCAACAAUCAUUAGCAAACCACUUGACCUGACACUCAAUAUUCAUGUCAUCCAUCUUGGCAGAUAUCUCCAGAAAGGCUGGCUGAAGGUGGAUGAUCAGAAGAAUAAAACUACCACUUCUCCUGGAAGAUUGGUUGGACUCAAUGUCUUCAGCCAGUUUUAUUUAGGGGGCUAUCAUGAGUAUACUCCAGAACUCCUACCCAAGGGAUCCAGAUUUAAGAAUGGCUUUCAAGGUUGCAUUUUUGAUGUGCAAGUUCGCACCAACAUGAAUCAGGAGUUCAAAUCACCAGGGACUCCAGAAGGUCACCCCAAUUCUGGUCGCAGUGUUGGGCAAUGUAAAGCCUCUCCAUGCAGUUUAAUAAAAUGCAGAAAUGGUGGGAAGUGCAUGGAAAGUGGCUCUACCGUUUAUUGUGACUGCCUGGCUGGAUGGAAAGGUGCAUUUUGCACAGAAAUGGUGACAGUAUGUGAUCCAGAGCAUGAUCCUCCACAUCUGUGCAAGCAAGGCGGUACCUGUGUGCCAUUGCCUAAUGGCUACAUGUGUCACUGUCCUCUAGGAACGAGCGGUACCUAUUGCGAACAAGAUAUUUCCAUCAGUGAUCCAUCUUUCCGAAGUAACGAAUCAUCAUGGAUGUCAUUUGCACCCUUUUAUAUCCGACAUAAGACCCAUAUCAAACUGCAGUUCCAGCCUCUUUCUCCAGAUGGUAUCCUGUUUUACACUGCACAGCGUUUGGGUACUCAGUCAGGUGACUUUCUAUGUAUAUCAUUAGUAAAUGGAUUUAUACAGCUACGCUACAAUCUUGGAGACAAAACAAUUGUCCUACAGGCUCUUCAGAAGGUCCAUGCUGAUGGGCAGACCUGGCAUGUGCUCAAAGUAGGAAGAGUUGGUAACGAAGGCUACGUGGAUCUGGAUGGCAUCAACAUUACCCAUACAGCCAGUGCUGGGAUGAAUGUGCUGGACACGCACACAGAUUUUUAUGUUGGAGGGGUAUCCUCUCUAAAUCUUGUGAAUUCAAUGGCAACAGAAAAUGAACCCACAGGUUUCAGUGGCUGCAUACGAGAAAUUGUUAUAAAUGACAAAGAACUGAAGCUGACUGUGACAGAUCCCAAAGGUGGAGCAAAUAUUGGUGACUGUGAUGGAACAGUCUGUGGGUAUUCAGUGUGCAAAAAUAAUGGAACGUGUCAAGUUGAAAGCUCAGGCUUUUCUUGUUCCUGCCCACAAGGGUGGAUAGGGAACACAUGUGAAGAGUCUGUUCAUUGCUUGCACAACAGAUGUAGGUCUCAAGCUCUCUGUAUUCCUCAGCCCGCUUUGCUUUCAUACACCUGUGUAUGUCCACUAGGCUGGUCAGGUAAGCAUUGUGACAGCAAAAUCAGCUUUUUUACAGCAAAGUUUGUUGGUAACUCCUACAUCAAGUACAUAGAUCCCCUUUAUGGAAAAAGAGACCUCCAGUACAGCCGUAUUUCAUUAAACUUCACUACCAAUCAAAUUGAAGGCUUAAUGGUGUGGCUGGGAAAAGCUGAAGAUGAAGACAAUGAUUUCCUUGCCAUUGGUCUUGCCAAUGGAAGGUUAAAAGUUGUGAUUAAUCUUGGAGAAAGAAUCUCUGUUCCAAUGAUUCAUAGCAAAGAUUCCAUCUGUACCGAUGAAAGAUGGCAUUUUGUUACCGUAAUUCAAAACCAAACUUGUAUUAAGGUAUAUCUUGAUGAGGAGCUAAUUAUUUUUGAAGAUAUUGAUCCACACAGAAAAUACACUGCUUUAAACUAUGGCGGAAUUUGUUAUUUCGGUGGGUUUGAAAUUGGCAGAAAAGUCCAUACAGCCACUGCAGGGCUCUUCCAGAAGGAAUUCAUUGGUAAAAUUAAAGAUAUUGCACUCUUCCAAGAUUCUAAAAAGAUUCAGCUCAUGAAAGGAGAAGGUUAUAACGUUCAUAAUGGAGAUCACAGAAAUUAAUUGAAGCACUAAUUAAGAUUCCUUAAAAUUGAUGCAUUUCAUUUUUGUACUGCCUCUUGUAUUAAGCUGAUGAUCUAGGAUUUGUAAACCGCAAUAAGUAAAAUUGUUCCUAAUCCUUUUUCUGUUAAGGAUAGGCAUUAGUAACAUACGUAAAACGUGGCCAGAAUUUUUACUUUACUGCUAGGUAUUUAUAUAUACU